AUGGGUGAGGUCGCAUCUGUGAAUGAAACCGUCAAUCUCUCCAGCUGGCUGGAUGCCCUGGACAACAACUCUUCCCUCGACUUGCAGUCGCAGAUGCCGAGGCAGUCGGUGGACCCUUGGGAUGUCAUGCUGUGUAUUUCGGGGACGAUCAUCGCCUGUGAAAACGCACUGGUGGUGGCCAUCAUAUUCCACAGUCCAGCUUUACGAACGCCCAUGUUUUUACUGAUCGGGAGCUUAGCGACGGCGGACCUCCUAGCGGGUCUUGGAUUGGUCAUGAAUUUCUUUUUUCAUUACUUGAUUCGCUCGGAGACCAUCAAUCUGAUCACCGUGGGGUUCUUGGUUGGCUCCUUCUCGGCUUCUGUAAACAGUCUGCUAGCCAUAACCAUCGACCGCUACCUUUCUCUGUAUAACGCGUUAACCUACUACUCAGAAAGAACCAUUGCUUACAUUCACACCAUGCUGGUGGUGGCCUGGGGCGUUUCUAUCUGCCUGGGCCUUCUUCCUAUUCUGGGAUGGAACUGUCUGAGUGACGCAUCUACCUGCAGCAUCGUGAAGCCUUUGACCAAGAGCAACUUAACUGUCCUAUCAAUCUCGUUCCUUUUGAACUUUGCUAUCAUGUUGCACCUUUAUAUUAAAAUAUGCAAAAUAGUGUGUCGUCACGCCCACCAAAUUGCCCUUCAACAACACUUCUUUGGGACAUCUUACUCGAUGACCACAAAGAAAAGUGUUUCCACGCUCGCCAUCAUUGUGGGCACCUUUGGGACAAGCUGGCUACCGUUCGCCAUUUACUGCCUGGUUGGGGAUCAGGGUUAUCCGGUAGUGUACACCUACGCCACCCUCCUCCCUGCCACCUACAAUUCCAUGAUCAACCCCAUCAUUUAUGCUUUCAAAAAUCAGGAGAUCCAGAAAGCAACGUGGCUUUUGUUUUGUGGUUGCUUCCAGUCCAACUCUUCCUUUCAUUCCAGGUCACCGAGUGAUGUCUAA